AUGUCAGUGCACAAAUAUAAACAACAAGCAGAUGCAGCGUACAAGCGGGGCGACUUUGAUACAGCAGUGGUAUUCUAUACGAAAGCACUUCAAAAAACAUCAAGCGAUUUAAGGCUUUGGACAAAUCGUGCACAAACAUUUUUACAACUUCAAAGAUGGCAAGAAGCUAUAAAAGAUUGCACAUUGGUUCUGGAAAAAGAUCCGACGCAUCAGAAAGCUCUUUUUCGGCGUGGUAAAGCAUAUGCACAACUUGGAGAAGUCGAAGCAGCAAGAAAAGACUGGAAGUAUCUUCAAACUCUUCAACCAGAAAAUCAAGCAGUUAUUAAUGCAUUAAAUGAACUAGAACAAAAUUGUGCAGAACUAAAGCAAAAAAAAGACAAUGAGGAUGACCUAACUUGUAUAAAAAAACACAUUUAUAUCAAUGAAGUCGAUGCAUUGCCACCUUGGGCAGAAAACGACUCAAAACAACCUACUAAUACAUUGUUAAAACCCUUAUCUUGGAAUAAAUUAGAAACACCAACACUACAAACACUUACACAAAAGCUCCGAACAACAUGCGAUACAGAAGCAUCACAACACGAUCGACUUAUAUAUUUUUUUCUAAUAGAUGCUACAACACUACCUCGACUAUUUGGUACAGCUGGUUUAGAAGGGAUCUUUCUAGAGACAUUUUUGCAUGCAAUCGAACAUGUAUAUAUUCAUGCAGAAAAUCGAAAAGCAUGGUGGAAACAAAGUCUUGCACUACUUGAGCAGCUCUCAGUUUGUGCACGUUUUGAUAUUGCAAUUUUAUUUGUUAAAAAAACAACACUCGAACGACUCGAUCAAUUGUUGCAACAAGCAGCAAAUGAGCCUGAUAGACAAUCCUAUCAAGCUAUUUGGAAAGCAUGGAUGUGCCAAAAAAGUAUAAAUCACUCAUAA